AAAACACUAGAACAAAAUGGCCCCACCAAAAGCUGAAAAGAAACCCGCUUCGAAAGCCCCAGCUGAAAAGAAGCCUGCUGCUAAGAAGACUGCUUCUGCUACUGACUCUAAGAAGAGAACUAAGACUAGAAAAGAAACCUACUCUUCUUACAUCUACAAGGUCUUGAAACAAACUCACCCAGACACUGGAAUCUCUCAAAAGGCUAUGUCUAUCAUGAACUCUUUUGUGAAUGAUAUCUUUGAAAGAAUCGCUUCUGAAGCUUCCAAGUUGGCAGCCUAUAACAAGAAGUCUACCAUUUCUGCCAGAGAAAUUCAAACUGCUGUCAGAUUGAUCUUGCCAGGUGAAUUGGCCAAGCAUGCAGUUUCUGAAGGUACUAGAGCUGUUACCAAGUACUCUUCCGCUUCUAACUAGGAGUAGACGUUUCUUAUUCUGGUGUCAUAAAGUUUAAUUCUUGCUGCCCCUUUCCGUUAACUUUCCCCAACUGUAUUAGUUUUAAUUAGUUCUUAGUAUUAUUAUAUUAUGAUCGAGGAGG